AUGGCGGCGCCGGAGGAGCGGCUCGUGUCGGACGGGGAAGGCAGUACGCUGAGCUCGGCGCGGCUCUCCCCGCCCACGGUCUCGGAGACUUCCGACUCUUUGGCGCCCAUGGAGCUGCCUCCUCAGAGCAACACGCUCAUGGGGUUGCCCAUCGUGGCGAUCGAGAACAUCCUCAGCUUCCUGUCCUACGAUGAGAUA